CUUACAACGCACUAUAAUCGUCCUUUCUAUUCUUUUCUUCGUUUCUCUAUAUAGAUUUCCGUGAAAUAAAUACAAUAGCGUGUUUUCCGGAAUUUCAAAGACUCCUGGCUUGUUAUCCAUAUUAUUAGAUCUUUCGAAAGCGCGAGGAUUGAGAGACGCUUGCGCGUCGUUUCUUCCUCUAAACGAAAACAGGAGAUCACCGACACCAAGCCAAUCAGAAACAUCAAUGUAAACAGAAAGUAGAGUUUUAAAUAGAGUUCAUAAUUUGCGAGAUAUUCACGACUAAGGAACACUAUCUUAUUUUUUUUUUGCGCUACUCUUUUCAUCUAUCCUUUUCUUUCGUCGAGUCUCUUUCCAAUUUUUUUCCUCCCACUUCCAAUCUCCUGUUUCUCUAUCCAUCUCUAUUGCUCUUAGUCUCAUGACCAAAGGACGUUCGAGAUAAUCUGAGUGAGCGUUUCUUCGAGGGGAAAGUCUUUGAUAUACCAGUUUUCUAUUGUCGCUCGACAGAGUAUUCCGUGUGGUCUCGACGUUUUCGAUAAUACGGACAAUAUUAUUGUUGUUGCUUCCGUGACCGAACGGUAUAAUUCAAUAGACAUAUUUCAAACCUUGGUAACGCAAUUAGUUGCCGUGGGAAGUGAAGUGAUACAGGAUAUUUUGUUGGUGUUAACGAAGGGACUGCAAAAAUUUAAGAGCUAGAACGGAGGCAAAACAGGAGCUGGAACAGAGGGCUAGGAUGCUCGACUUCGAACAACAGGCGAAUCAGGCACAGGCCCUGGCUUCUCUCGACGAGGACUGGCACCUGCUCGAGGACGCUAAAAUGAGAUUGGAAGAAGAUCUUGUGAUUCGUAGGAGCAGACCAACGAUGAUUUCUGCGAAAUACCGUGCGAGAGAAGAACGUCGUCGUCUGCUAAAGAUUUCAGCCGGCAAGUUGAGAAGAAUCGAAGACCCGGAGGCCAGUCUAUGCAGAUCGGUUCUUAUAAAUAAUGCUGUCAGGCGACUGCAACGUGAGAACCGAGACGAAAAGACGAGAAAUUACGGACUUCCGGUUGUUACAUAUCUAAACGACUCCACCAAAGAGAAUAACGUUUCUAGCAACCUUAUUGUCGGAAUAACGGACGACGAAACGUCUUCAAGAAAAAGAUUAAGCGAUGAUACGAGGAAUGACGGAAUCAGUCCUAAACGUCAAAGGCAUGACGAUCUCGAUCUACAGGAUGAUGUAUUUAGCGACUUCUAUAUUCUGCCUCCCACUCCUCGAUUACUCUCACACAUCGACGAGAUUCAGGAACCUGAAUCCCCUCAUCACCAUCACUUGGUGUAUCCUGAGGAUCGCUUAGGUUCCGUGGACGUCCGAUCGACAACGACGAUCAUUAGCACCAGUACCGCGAACACGACCACCAGCAACAGUACAAGCACGUCCACAAAUAGUUGUUGUAAUUCUAUCAUGUUUUCUACCGAGCUAGAUGGCGCCAGCAGUCAACUAACCAGCGUUAUUAGAUCCAGUGAUGUAGGCAUGAUGGAGGCCUCGGAUGUAGUUGAUCCAGACAGAAUCUGCGAUUUUGCGAGAUUCGCAGAUUCAACAAAAACUUUAGAGGAACGUUUAGUGGAAUUACAAUCGCUGGAUGAACAUUUUGAUUUGGCAAAAUUUGAAAGAAAUAAUAAUCAGAGUUGCGGCAGGGCAUUCCACGACAUCCAAACUUUUCACAGUUUAGUACCCGGAUUGGAAACCUAGAAGGGAGCCUUGUGCCUGGAGCACCCUCCUCUCGUCACGUCUGGUGCGAUAAAGAAACAAAACCAUGACCAUAACGACAACGACGAUGCGGAUAAACGGCUUCGCGGCACAUAUGAGGAACCACGGCAAGGAUGAACCUGGACUUGGAAGAUGGACACUUUGUCUGGAACUACAGCGCGUCCUAUGUCACUUUGGCUUGAUGGAAUAUGAGCAUCGUCGACUCGAUUGGACGACUUGUUAAAAGGAUCUAUCUAUAGUAUAUGAGGAGAUACAAAGAGCUUUCAAUACCAAGAUCCAUUAACUUAUGAUUCAUUUUUGUCAUUGAAUUUUUUUUUUUUUUUGGUCGUUCAACCGUUUCAACGAAUUCUUGAUUCAGAACAGAAUGAAGGGAGGAGGACAAGGAUAAAUAAGAAAUUUUUUGAAAUAUAUAUAUAUAUAUAUGAUGCGUUUUCAACAAUGCAGAAAUCGACGAAUGGUUAUUUGACUGGAUUUACAGAGUAUUUUCCAUGUGUACGUAACUAAUAAUAGAUUGGUAUCACAAAACCGUGUUCAUAUGAAUAUCGAUACCAAAAUGUUCUGAUACGCAUUACGUAUAUAUAAUUUGUAUAUACUCGAAUAUGUUUUUAAAAGCACAUUAAGGAUUAUAAUAUAAGAGAAUUUGUAGUGAACAUUUUUGGGGGAAAAACAAAAAAAAAAAAAACAAUUGCCAAACAAUGAAAAGAUGCUAAAAAUGAGACGCAUAUGUCUUUUGUUAUAUAUA